CAGUUGAUAAAUGUAUUCCUAAACGAGCUGCUAGGAAGAAAAUUAAUGCGCCUUGGAUUGAUAAAGAACUGAUAACGUUAUGUAGAAGAAAACGAUCUUCUAAAGUAGUGGAUUGGGAAAAAUACCGUAAAUUAAACAACUCUGUCAAAAGAGCUUGUAACUUAGCUCAAAAGCGACACGUUAACCACCUAGCUGAUGAAUUGAAGGAAAACAAUAAUCCAAAACCCUUUUGGAGCUUUGUUAAGUCUAAACAAAAAGGUACAAAUGACUUGAUAUCCUUAAAGGUUGGAGAUGAAAUCCUAACAGAUGACUUAAGCAUAGCUGAAA